UUUUGUGGCAUGCUACACACUGUUGUAUGUUGAAAAUCAUCAUUGUUUUCUUGAAAUUUAUACUUCUGGACUCAAACCUUCCACCAACUGAGUGUUCCGUUACCCUGCCCAAUGGGUUACAUUGGGAGGAAGAGGAAGUGGAAGAGUGGUGACAGACCCUCUGAGCCAGCGGAUCCCCCCUCUGGAGAGAGCAGCCCACAGCCAGGGCCCUCUGGAGAACCUGCUGCGCUCAGUGACAGCCGCCAGGCAGGGACAUCAUCCAAGAGGUCCAGGCCUGGAGCUGGCAGGGCUGCAACUCCCCCGAGCUCCCCACAGUCGGGUCCCUCUGGAGAACCUGCUGCCUUCAGUGACAGCCGCCUGGCAGGGACAUCAUACAAGAGAUCCAGGCCUGGAACUGCCAGUCCCCGGCCCAGGGCUGCAACUCCCCCGAGCCCCCCCCCACAGCUGGUACCCUCCAUCGAACUUGCUGCCAUUGGUGAUGAUGGGCAAAUGUCAUCAUCCUCCACCAGCUCCAGGCCUGGAGCUGCCAAUCCCCUGCCCAGGGCUGUCGACACCCCAAGAUCUCCACAGCCGUGGACCUUCAGAGACCAUGUUGCCCUUGCGGGAGGAGCAGCAACAUCCAUGAGCUCCAGGCCUGGAGCUCCCAGCCCGCUGCCCAGGGCUGUGGUAGACCAACCAAGAUCCCCAUGGCCAGUGGCGUCUGGCCAGGUGUUUGAGUCCAGGGAGGUGCCAGGAGCAGGACCGCCAGCACACGGUGAUGAUGGGUACCCAUCUCACACUCCACCUCAGGUGCAGUUGGCACCUAAUCACAGCGACCUUCUGCUGAAUGCCGCCAUGGCUUCUCUCCCGCAGAGCACCGCCAACGCGCUGGCCGUCCUCUCCACUCAGGUGGCUGCCCUGCUGGUCUGCAGCGGCAACGAUGUCCACACCAGAGUGCUGCUGGAGAACUUCCUGGGCGAGACAAACAUGCAUCUCUCCCACAUGAUCAGCGACAUCGUGACGCACUACAACGGCGGCCUUCCCCUCGUGCUCUUUGACCCUGACACCAUGGCCGAGGAAGUGCGUUGCCCCAUCUGCCUGGAGGACUACCAGCAUGGUGAUGAGCUCUCCGUGUUGCCGUGCCAGCACCGGCUGCACAGCGCCUGCGCUCGGCGUUGGCUGGAGAGGAGCCGCACCUGCCCCGUCUGCAGAGCAGGGGUAUAGGAGAGAAAGAGUCACACCGCAUUACCUGGGACCCAACAUCAAAUUCACCGCAUUACCUGGGACCAGGGACCUAACAUCAAGUUCCCUAUGACCAACCAUCUUUAACAGGCACCAUUUAUGAUUACUGUGGCACAAAUUCACCGCCCCCCAGUAUCCCUCUACAUGGUAUUGGUAUGACAAAAAAAAAAAAAAAACCUGUCUGCCUAUGGCCCCCCACUCAAACACAGAGCCCUCAUGACUGCGGUCCCACUCUCCCUCCAGUUUUGACGCCCUUUCCUGAGACGGAAAUUCAUUCCCUACCCUUUUUCCCAUCCUCUGCAAUAAAAAAAACAUCUUCUGGGA